AUGGCCGCGGUGAGCACCAGCUGAAUUUGCUGCAUUCUUGCCUCUGGCAUAACGACUAUUCGACUCAAAAAUUUGCACAAAGUCGCGAUGAACCGCUUACGAAUUUAACAAGAAACCAUCUGCAUUUUUCUGUGAAAGCAUUUAACGAUUGGCUGACUCUGAUUAGCCGUAUUUAACGAAAUCAAGAUGUCGAACAUGUCAAGCCCUAGUAGACGAUCGGUGGACAAUGACCCUUUUUAUGACACCGACUUCACUGCUGACAUUAGCCACAAAAUGAGAGUACCCAAGCACAUCACUGCUUCUGGAGAUGCCGCCGAUGAUCGACAAGACCAUUGGAUUCGAUCAACUGAUUUUCAAGAAAAAUUUGAGAUGUACGUCCCUGACAGAAUAUUGGUUGUUGGACAAGAACAACACAUUGGCACAAAAGCUCCACCCCGUGAACUUCAGCUGGAGAAUGCGGUCAUGCCGCCCGACCCAGGAUUUAUUCGAGUCCAGACUCCUCCAAGAGUAAUUUCGCUUGACGAGCAUUUCAUACCUGCUGCUGACGAACCUACCUUCAACCAUCAAAGGGAAUUCAAAAAUUCUCCUCCAACCUUAAACGGAUUUGUUUCAAGAAAUGAUUACAACAAGAAAAUGGAUAUAACGUUGAGGGAAACGACUCCGCCAAAUGGUACUGCGGACAUCUCAAUGAAUAUGACUGGCCUCACCCCAGCCGAAGAAGUAUUGCACCUUCGUCGCCAGGUUGUCAAGUUGAGCCGCAGGGUGAUGGCCGUUGAGCUAGAUUUGCAGCAGCAGCAGCAGAGGCAACAAAUAUUGUUGGGCCUUGGAAUAGCCUACUUCCUUGUCAAGUCUGUCGUGUGGAUCACACGGUCUAGUUAAAUGACCAUGUUCGAAAAGUUUCACGGGAUACAGAUUGUCAGUUCUUUAUUCUUUUGUACAUAACGAAGGAAACUUCAUUUAUUUAGCCACUACUCGCUUCAAUUCAAUUUGGUUAAGACUGUUCUCUUCGACUUAGUUGCCUAUCCAAAUAUUUCCUUGGUCUCGCAAUGCUGACUAUUUGGUAAACAAGAAUUUUGUAGAUUAAUCAAUAAAACUUGUUAAGGACUCUCCCGAA